AGCUAUGAUCACCAACUCAUCCGAUCAGUGUACUCGUCAGCGCGCACCAACAUCGAUCACCAUGAAGCCCGCAGCAGCAAGAUCGCCAUGGCUAGCCCUAGCCAUCGUCCUCUCCCUGUGCCUCUCCCUCUCGUUCGCGUCGUGGGAUGCGGAGGACGAAGGCAGGGGUAGCAGGAGGUGGCAAGAAGGGGGCGACGAAGGGCGGUCCGGCGAGAGUGGCCGGCCGUACCACUUCGGCGAGGAGAGCUACCGGGAGUGGGCCAAGUCCCGGCACGGCCACUUCAAGGUGCUGAAGCGGUUCGACCACGAGCUGAUCCGAGGCUCCAUCGGCGACUACCGCGUGGCGUGCCUGGACGCGGCGCCGCGCGCGUUCCUGCAGCCCAGCCACUACGACGCCGACGAGAUCGCCUACGUGAGGGAAGGCGAGGGCGUGGUCGUGCUGCUGAGGAACGGGAAGCGGGAGUCCUUGUGCGUCAGGGAGGGCGACGUCUUCGUCAUCCCGGCCGGCUCCAUCGUGUACUCCGCCAACACGCACCGCUCCAAGUGGUUCCGCGUCGUCAUGCUCCUCAACCCCGUCUCCACGCCGGGCAGCUUCCAGGAGUUCUUCCCUAUUGGAUAUGGGGGCGAGCAGCAGCCGGAGUCCUUCUUCAGCGUCUUCAGCGACGAGGUUAUCCGGGCGGCAUUCAACACUCGGCGGCGGGAGGAUGUUGACAGAGUGUUCAAGAGGAAUAGCAGAGGUGAGGGUGAGAUAUCUGAGGCGUCGGAGGAGCAGAUACGGGAGCUGAGCAGGUCGUGCUCCAGGGGAGGACGCGGCGGCGGAGGCGGCGGAGGCGGAGGGUCUGGUUCCGAGAAGGAGGACAUCCGGCCGCGCAGCCUCACAGGCGAGAAGCCCCGCUACUCGAACAAGCACGGCAGGUUGCACCAGAUCACCGGCGACCAGUGCCCCCACCUCCGCAACCUCGACUUGGAUGUCAACCUCGUCAACAUCACCCGGGGCUCGAUGACGGCACUGAGAUACACCACCCGGGCGACCAAGAUCGUCGUCGUCGUGGAGGCCGGAAACGACGGCAACUACUUUGAGAUGGCGUGCCCGCACCUCUCCAGCUCCGGCCGUUCUGAACGCCGGGAGCGCGGCAGGAGCGAGGAGCAGGGAGGACAGGAGGAGGAGAAGGGCCACGGCGGCGAGCAGGAGAAAUCGAGGGGCUACAGGCAGGUGAGGGCCGAGAUCAAGGUGGGCUCGGUGAUCGUGCUCCCGGCUGGCCACCCGGCGACGUUCGUGGCCGGGAACGAGGGGAACCUCGCGCUGCUGUCCUUCGGCGUGGGCGCCAACAACGACGAGGAGGUGUUCAUGACCGGCGGGAACAGCGCGCUGAAGCAGCUGGACGAGGCGGCCAAGGCGCUGGCGUUCCCCCAGCAGGUGAGGGAGCUGGCGGACAAGGUCAUCCGCGCGCAGACGGAGGCCGUGUUCCACGACGGCCCGCAGCAGCAGCGCCGCGCCUUCUUCGACAUGUGAGCGGCGACGAUCUCGACUCGAAUGUGGGCAUGCAUGCAAUUCGUGGAGCUGCUUGCAUGCAUGCAUGAGUGAUGAGUGUAGAUGUGUGGCGGGAAUAAAAAGCUAGUAGUACGUACGCGCGGCACGGUGCUGCCUGGCUACAGGAGUACGUGCGUGUAGCAGAGGAGAGGUUUGUAUGUCUCAUGUAUGUGCAUGCUUGUGUUCAAGCGUGCGCGGUUGUGUACGUACGCGUGCAUGUACGGGAGUUUUCUAUGUAUGCAAGUUUUCUAUGUAUGUAAGUGUACGUGAGUUUUUCGGUAAUAAUAACGUGAUUUGGCCCGUCGGCUGGUAGGAA